AUGGUCGGCGCGGGGGUGCUCAGCCUCCCCUACGCCAUGUCCGAGCUCGGCUGGGGCCCUGGCAUCGCGGUGCUGGUCAUCUCGUGGGUGAUCACGCUCUACACGCUGUGGCAGAUGGUGGAGAUGCACGAGAUGGUUCCCGGGAAGCGGUUCGACAGGUACCACGAGCUCGGGCAGCACGCCUUCGGCGACAAGCUGGGGCUGUGGAUCGUGGUGCCGCAGCAGCUGAUCGUGGAGGUUGGCGUGAACAUCGUGUACAUGGUGACCGGCGGGAGGUCGCUCAAGAAGUUCCACGACGUGAUCUGCGACGGCAAGUGCAAGGACAUCAAGCUCACCUUCUUCAUCAUGAUCUUCGCGUCCGUGCACUUCGUGCUCUCGCAGCUCCCAAACUUGAACUCCAUCUCCGGCGUGUCCCUGGCCGCCGCCGUCAUGUCGCUGUCCUACUCGACCAUCGCGUGGGGCGCGUCGGUGGACAAGGGGAAGAUGGUGGACGUGGACUACAACCUCCGCGCCACCACGACGCCGGGGAAGGUGUUCGGCUUCUUCGGGGCGCUGGGCGAGGUGGCGUUCGCGUACGCCGGCCACAACGUGGUGCUGGAGAUCCAGGCCACCAUCCCGUCCACGCCGGAGAAGCCGUCCAAGAAGCCCAUGUGGAAGGGCGUGGUGGUGGCCUACAUCGUCGUCGCGCUCUGCUACUUCCCCGUCGCCCUCAUCGGCUACUGGGCCUUCGGCAACAGCGUCGACGACAACAUCCUCAUCACCCUCAACAAGCCCACCUGGCUCAUCGCCANCCAUGUUGUAGAUUUACGCGAUGCCGGUGUUCGACAUGAUCGAGACGGUGCUAGUGAAGAAGCUCAAGUUCCCUCCCGGCCUCACGCUCCGCUUGAUUGCCCGGACCCUCUAUGUUGCGUUCACCAUGUUCGUCGCCAUCACCUUCCCUUUCUUCGGUGGCCUGCUCGGAUUCUUCGGCGGGUUCGCCUUUGCGCCCACGACAUACUUCCUGCCCUGCAUCAUGUGGCUCGCCAUCUACAAGCCCAAAAGAUUCAGCCUCUCAUGGUUCACCAACUGGGUCUGCAUCGUCCUUGGAGUGUGCCUCAUGAUCCUGUCGCCAAUCGGAGGGCUCAGACAGAUCAUCUUGGAUUCCAAGACAUACAAAUUCUACUCAUAGACCACUUCUACGACGCAUUGUGUCCUGUGAAAACUGCAAGAGAUCAUUUACGAUGCCUACCACGAACUCUCUUGCUUGCAAAGGAAAAAGAAAGGAACAUCAUAGUACCACGAACUGUUACAGAUGGGACGUUAGAUGCAUAUGGUCAGAGAAAAUUUGGUUUAGUCAAAGCAAAUGGGAUGUGUUUGUGGUUAAUCAUGUGUACGUAA